AUGUUUAAACUAAGACCAACACCCAUAGAGGAUAUCGUGGGUAAAGAAAUUGCCAAGGUGCUUCCGGACCAUGGAAAGCCUUGGUACAGAGUCAAACACUUACUUUUGCUCAAUACGCUUUUGAUUAUACCGCUUCUCUCAGCUGCAACAACCGGUUUUGAUGGGUCCUUGAUGAAUGGGCUCCAGUCUAUGGAAGAGUGGAGAGAAGAGUUUAAUCAUCCUCGAGGAACGAUGUUGGGAUUCAUCAAUGCCGCCAUGAGUAUUGGAGGUGUUGCUGUUCUCCCUUUUGGAGGUUAUCUCUCAGACAACUUUGGAAGAAGAAUCACCUUAGCCAUUGGUUUAGCGGGAAUCAUCGUUGCAACAAUUAUUCAGUCCACCAGUAAUAAUCUUGGUCAGCUUAUUCCAUCAAGGUUUAUUGUGGGUAUGGCCGGUUUGCUAGCAGCUCAACCAGCUCCGUUGCUUGUGGCUGAAUUGUCCUACCCCACUUUCAGAGGAAAAAUUACAUGUUUGUACUGGGCGUUUUACUACAUUGGCGCCGUUUUGGCAGCUUGGCUGUGUUUUGGAUGCACUGGUAGAGGGGACUCCUGGGCUUGGCGUAUUCCAACCAUUCUUCAAGGUGCAUUUCCUGCUAUUCAGCUUGCUUUAUUGUUUUUGGUUCCUGAAAGUCCCAGAUGGCUUAUAUCCAAGGGAAAAGUCGAGAAGGCGAGACAAAUAUUGGUAAAGUACCAUGCUGGUGGCGAUGAGCAAAGUGAGCUUGUUGAGGUGGAGAUGCUCGAGAUUUCUACUGCGUUGGAGAUGGAGAAAAAUGCCAAUCAGACAUCCUGGAAAGCCUUUAUUGCCACACCGGGUAAUAGAAAGCGUACGUUCAUUGCCUUCACGUUAGGUAUUUUCUCCCAAUGGAGUGGUACUCCUGUUGUGUCAUACUACUUUACAUUGGUGCUCGAUACCAUUGGUAUCACAUCGUCAUACAUGCAAACGUUGAUCAACGGAUUCUUGCAGGUGUUCAAUUUUGUGUUUGCAACCUUGGCGGCCUUGUUGGUUGACUUCUUUGGAAGAAGGUUCUUGUUCUUGUGGUCCGGUAUUGGAAUGCUUAUAUCGUAUAUCAUCUGGACAAUUUGUUCAGCGAUUUUCGAACAGACGCAAUCGAUCGCAGCAGGAAGAACAGUCGUCGGAUUUAUCUUCAUCUUUUUCUUCCAUUACGAUAUUGCUUACACUCCAUUGCUUUUGGGUUACACUACGGAAAUCUUUCCCUAUUCGAUGCGUUCAAAGGGUGUCACUCUUGUCCUUGUCGUUGUGAAUGCUUCAUUGAUUAUAUCUGCAUUCUGUAACUCUAUUGCCAUGGACAAUAUCGGCUGGCGCUACUAUAUCGUCUUUUGCGUUAUCCUUGUGUUUGUCGUGCUCAAUACCUACUUUUUCUACCCUGAAACAAAGGGAUACUCGUUGGAAGAAAUUGCAGUAUUGUUCGACGGAGAAAAGCCCUCUGACAUUGAAACUCUGUUGUCUAAGGAUAACGAUGGCAAGAUGGAAAGUGACGAGAUGGAUGAGGUGCUGUCGGUUAAACAGAAGAUUAAUGUUGAGCAUUUGGAAUCGUUGAAGUCGACGCCUAUCGAGGAUAUUGUAGGCGAGGCUAUCGCUCAAGUACUUCCUGACCAUGGAAAGCCCUGGUACAGAGUAAAGCACAUGCUUUUGCUCAAUGUAAUCUUACUAGUGCCACUUCUUUCAGCUGCUACUAAUGGUUACGAUGGCUCCUUGAUGAAUGGGCUUCAAUCCAUGGAGGAAUGGAGAGAGGAAUUUGAUUAUCCAAGAGGAACAAUGUUGGGAUUUGUGAAUGCUGCUCAAAGCAUUGGUGGUGUCAUUGUACUUCCAUUUGGAGGCUAUCUUUCUGACACCCUCGGCAGAAAAUGGACACUUACAAUUGGGCUCUUGGGUAUUGUUGUUGCAACGAUCAUUCAAGCAACAGGCAAUGCGCUAGGACAGCUUAUAGCAUCUCGGUUUAUAGUUGGAAUUGCAGGUUUAUUGGCAGCUCAACCGGCUCCUUUGCUUAUUGCUGAAUUGGCGUUUCCUACAUUCAGAGGAAAAAUAACCUGUUUAUACUGGGCCUUUUUCUAUGUCGGGGCUAUUUUGGCUUCGUGGUCCUGCUAUGGUUGCACAGGUAGAGGUGACUCCUGGGCUUGGCGUAUACCCACUGUGCUUCAAGGAGCGUUUCCUAUUAUACAGCUUUCCUUUUUAUACUUUGUUCCCGAGAGCCCAAGAUGGCUUGUUUCAAAAGGAAGAGUUGAGGAAGCGGAAAAGAUUUUGGUCAAGCAUCAUGCCGGUGGGGAUUACGAAAGUCCACUAGUUAAGACAGAACUUCUCGAGAUCUCGACUGCAUUGGAGAUGGAAAAGACAGCCAACCAAAGCACAUGGAAGGCACUUAUUUCGACCCCAGGUAACCGUAAGCGUACGUUUAUUGCGAUAACUAUGGGAGUGUUUUCCCAGUGGAGUGGAACAACUGUGGUGUCUUACUACUUUACUUUGGUUCUUGACACCAUUGGAAUCACAUCCUCUUCGAUGCAGACUUUGAUCAACGGUUUUUUGCAGAUCUUCAAUUUUUUCUUCGCCACGGUGGCUGCUUUGAUGGUCGAUUUCUUUGGAAGAAGAUUCUUGCUUUUGUGGUCAGGCAUUGGGAUGCUCAUUUCGUACAUUGUGUGGACCAUAUGUUCCGCCAUUUUUGAACAAACAGGAUCUGUUGCUGCUGGAAGAACGGUUGUUGGGUUUAUCUUCAUUUUCUUUUUUCAUUACGACAUCGCCUAUACUCCGUUGGUGUUGGGCUACCCGACAGAGAUUUUCCCAUUCUCGAUGCGUUCGAAAGGUGUCACACUAACAAUGGCAAUGGCUUCAGCUUCAUUGGUGAUUACGUCAUUCUGCAAUUCCAUUGCCAUGGAUAACAUUGGCUGGCGGUACUACAUUGUAUUCUGUGUUAUACUUGUUUUUGUCGUGCUUAACACCUACUUCUUUUACCCCGAGACUAAAGGCUACUCUUUGGAGGAGAUCGCAGUGUUGUUUGAUGGAAAAGAGGCAAUUGACAUUGAGAAGUUUGAUAGUGAAGGAGAGGAAGAUGGGGGUCUGAUUGACAGAAAGAAAAUCCAUAUCGAGCGCAUAGAAAGCGUAAGCCGCAGCUUCUAA